UCUGGUGGUGCGCAUGCUCAGACUAGAUCGACGCACGCUCACUAGAAGCUUUCCCUCAGCGUGCCCUAGCUUCGGGAGCUGCCUCCGCGGGAGAGGAGUUUUGUCCUUCCUGGCUUCCUCCGGGAGGGGAAGGAAGCCAUGGGGAGUUCUUCGGAGCCCCUUCGCUACGCCGAGUACGCACCUGGCAACGGGCCGGACGUCAAGCCGGGCCUGGCCAGAUCUAUGAUAGCUGUUGGUCUUGGUGUUGCAGCAGUUGCUUUUGCAGGUCGUUACGCGUUUCAUCUCUGGAAACCACUAGAACAAGUUUUCACAGAAACAGCAAGAAAAAUCUCAACUGCUAGCCUUUCUUCAUAUUACAAAGGAGGAUUUGAGCAGAAAAUGAAUAGGCGAGAAGCUAGCCUUAUUUUAGGUAUAAGUCCAUCUGCUAGCAAGGACAAGAUCAGAACUGCUCACAGACAAAUCAUGAUUUUGAAUCAUCCUGAUAAAGGUGGCUCUCCCUACUUAGCAACAAAAAUCAAUGAAGCAAAAGACUUGCUGGAAUCCAGCAAUAAACAUUAGGACAGCAGGAUUUCUCUUUAAGAACUGCAGAACUUCUGAUUAUAUGUGCAAAACUUGAAAUGAGCCACCAAAAGAUUUCCAGCGCAGUUGAUUCCUGUUGAAUACUGGACAAAAUUAUUGACGUCUGCAGCUGUUAAUUGUUCCACAAACACUCAAGAUGCCGUUUCAUGAUUGAAUAAUAAAAGUCAGCUCUGCGUUUGGAAUUUCACUUGUGCAGUUCUUGCAGGAAAAGUUCAUUACAUGAUACUACAUUUGAAUCAUGACUGCAGCCUACAGAAAAGAUUCACGAUCAGUGCCAUGACGUUUCACAGUUCCACCAUGCAGAGCUACACAACACCUCAUCUCUCACAAUCCACACAAAUGUCUUAUUCCUGCCUUCCUCCCACAGCAUGGCUACGUAUUAGCCAAUGCAGAGCUGCAGUAGCUGCAGAGAAGAAACAUCUAAUUCUGUCCCUAUAACAGAGUGAGUUACAUUGAUAAAGCCAGGAAAAGGGGGGAGGGGAUUGCAUAGUUCUCUCCGCAAGAAUUUUCUGAACUACGAUCUAUUAACUAUUAAAUAUACAAGAGCCCUGUUCCAUAGCCUACCUGCCAACCCUAAAGACUACCCAAAAGACUUACAAGAGUGGUAUAGAGAGAGUGCUGUGGUGGAAGUAUAGAUUUCUUUACAAAAGAAAGUGGCGAUUGAACAUGGCAAAAACCCACUUGCUUUUCAGCCUAAAGAUUUUCUUACUUAGCUUUCCCCAGCAUCUGUCACUUAAUAAUGAUGGAGAAGUGCUGACCCAACUGUUCUCCAGAAUAUUAUGGGACAAUAUUAUGGGAUCAACAAAUUUUGUUGAUCUCGAGUAAUUAUCAUCUGUGAAUAUUGUUUUCAAGCUGAUGACAUUGUACUCUUUUUAGUGCUAUUUCCUGUAACAGUUGCAUUCCUUUUUGUCAGUUCCCAGUAUCUUCACAAUAUUAAUUUUAGACAGAGCUUUUAUGACUACUCACCCUUGCACACUGAGCACCUUCACAGUCGGUGAAAUAUCUACUUUUUAAAAUAAUGUUGUAAUCUAUCUUUAAUAGAUUUACUGUUGAAACUUGCAGGCAAUAGUACUCAAGAGUCAUGAUAAUGCUUGUUUUAUUGAAUGUACUUUUCAUUUGUGUUUAUCUUCCCCUGAUAAAAGUUCUACAGCUUAUUGUACUUAUUAUCCACAGGUUAUUUUAUUUUUCUACUAUAUGAUAUAUUUUUGACAGUUUCUACAGCAGACUAAUUUAAAAAGUGCCUUUAAAUGAUUGCCUGAAUAUCUUGGCUGCACACUGAAAGCUUGAUUUACCUUUCACUAAUAAGGGAGCUGUGAGAAGAAAUGCAAAAGUUUCUUUGUUCCUACUGCAAUCUGUAUGCUAUCUGGCAUCUUGCCCAAAUGCGCAAUUUCUCUGGUAGGCAAUGAAAAUGUUCUUCUGACCCAUUUUAUGAUUCGAUGACUGUUGCUGUUCCCAUCUAAAUGUCCUGUUUUGUUGCUAGGCUAGGGGAAAUAAUUUAUUAAAAAUUCACAUAAAAAUUUAAUGGAAACAUAAAUACACAUAAAACUGUUAAUAUUCUUUUCUGCUUUAAAUUAAACAUCCCUUUAUUUGUGUUA